AUGCCUACCCCUUCGCACCAUGACCAACUUCCCGCCGUGCCUCACCUUGCUUCCGCGGGUGCCCACGCUGCUUCCCCCGGCUCAUCACCUCGCUUCCCCCCGUUCCCGACCUUCUUUCCCCCUGGUCCGCACCUUCCUUCCCCCCAUUCUCCACCUUCCUUCGCCCCAUUCCCCACCUCGCUUCCCCCCAUUCCCCACCUCGCUUCCCCCCAUUCCCGACCUUGUUUCCCCCUGGUCCGCACCAUCCUCCCCCCUGUUCCCCACCUUCCUUCCCCCCAUUCCUCACCAUCCUUCCCCCUCUUCCCCACCAUCCUUCCCCCACUUCCCCACCUUCCUUCCCGCCAUUCCUCACCUUCCUUCCCCCCGUUCCCAACCUGGAUUCCCCCCAUUCUCCACCUUCCUUCCCCCCAUUCCCCACCUCGCUUCCCCCCAUUCCCCACCUCGCUUCCCCCCAUUCCCCACCUUGUUUCCCCCUGGUCCGCACCAUCCUCCUCCCACCAUCCUCCCCCCAUUCCCGACCUUCCUUCGCCCCAUUCCCCACCUCGCUUCCCCCCAUUCCCCACCUCGCUUCCCCCCAUUCCCCACCUUGUUUCCCCCUGGUAUGGAAGAUCCGCCCCCCUGUUCCCCAUCUUGCUCCCCCCCAUUCCUCACCUUCCUUCCCCCCUGUUCCCCACCUUCCUUCCCCCCAUUCCUCACCAUCCUUCCCCCUCUUCCCCACCUCGCUUCCCCCCAUUCCCCACCUCGCUUCCCCCCAUUCCCCACCUUGCUUCCCCCUGGUCCGCACCAUCCUCCCCCCUGUUCCCCACCUUCCGAACCCCCACUCCUCACCUUCCUUCCCCCCGUUCCCAACCUGCAUUUCCCCCAUUCUCCGCCUUCCUUCCCCCCAUUCCCCACCUCGCUUCCCCCCAUUCACCACCUUGUUUCCCCCUGUUCCGCAACAUCCUCCCCCCUGUUCCCCACCAUCAUCUCGCCUCUUUACCACCAUCCUUCUCUCUCUUCCCCAGCUUCCUUCCCCCCAUUCCUCACCUUCCUCCCUCCGCCAGGCAUGGCCCGACGUCUAUGCCUGUUGCCAAGGGACUGCAAUGGUGUGUGCCUUGUUGUUUCAAGGCUGCACGUGCUGGGGUUGACGGAGAAAGGCGAUAG